UGACGUUUCUCCAGGAGCGCGACGCUUUUAAUUGCCUUUAUAUCUUUUUUACUUGACUACAUUCUUGUAAUUAUACCCUUUAAUGAAAUAGCCAAGUCAAAAUUUGAGAUAAAAUCAUAGGUUGUAUGGUUUACUGAGCUUGGAGCCGGUUAGGAUGUACUUAAACGAUGACUAUGGAGCUGUUUAUGUGCGAGAGAAAGGAGAGCUGCGUUAUGUAAACGCAGAUGCUCCGCAGCCGCACAGACUCUCCUUUAAACUGUGCAUUGACACAUUACCCUCAGCCGGCCAUGGAAAGAGAAGCGAUCAUUUCAUCUUUACCUACAACAAAGAGGGAAGUCUGCGGUACACGGUUAAAUCUUUAUUUGAUAUAUCAUUGCAGUUCAUUGCGGAUCACAUUGAGCAUGUCGAUUCACUGGUCGGUUUUCCUGAGCAAAUGGCUGAUAAGUUGUUCUCGGUGGCUGAAGAGAGACACAAGUUCACCGACCCUCAAACUGCACCCAGAGCACUGCAGCUUUUCUGUGAAGCCUAUGAAGAACUGGUGCUGAAAUCACUAUGUUUGAGAAAUAGGCAUCUUUUGAUAUCUGAAAGAUUGGAAGAGAUAAGACAGUUUCAGAGUCUGGAAUGCCUAGACCUCUAUGGAUGCAGAUUAGGUGACAGUCAUGACAUUUUUACAUACAUAACCUCUGAGGCUCUGGCUAGUCUAGUGAAGCUUUUCAUGGGUGCAAACCGCCUUUCUGAUGCAGGCCUGCAGAGAUUGACAGCACCAAUCAGGGUCAUGAAGAAAGGCCUAGAAAACCUGUAGCUUCUAGACCUCUCUGAGAAUCCCAUCACAGAGAAAGGUCUGGGAUAUCUAACAUGCUUUCCAUUGCUUAAAAAACUAGACAUAUCAAGGACAAAUGUAAAGCUUAACGUGACAUUGAAAGGAUUCUUCAGAAGAAAGAUGGGAAUGGUCCUCUCAGAGAUGCCUUUAAAGGAGUUUGCUCACUCUGAUUGCAAAACAGAGGGCUGGGCUGAACAGGUCAUAAACCAAUGGGAAAUUACUGCUUCAGAAGUGCCAAAGACAGAAGACAAGCCAAAAACAAAUGCUCUGCGUUUCUAUGGAAGGGAAAAGUUUGUUCGCGAGACAUUAAACUCCUUGUCUAGGACAAAUGAUGUCACAAAUGAAGACAAAGUGCUGGUUCACUUUUAUAGGCUUGAUUCAUGUGGUGGGAUUUCUUCAGUAGAACACAACACUCAUCCCACAACUGUUGCUACUGUACAGAAGGGCAAGAAGAGGAGACUGUCAGGGGAGGAAGAAGAACAAAGCAUAAUUCCUCUCGCAAAGCGCCAGUCUCUGUCAGCUUUAUCUGCAGAGGACUUAGAUCUGUUAAAUAGUUACUAAGCAACAACAGGCAUCCUAAAUAUUUGUCAAUGCAGUCCUCUGUGAGGAAAAAGACAUUGAAAUGCUUUUAAUUUGUAUUUUUCACAAUUAAGUUUUUCUGUAAUUCAUGUCUUUUUUUUGUUAAGGCUUCAUUGGCAUCUAGGGGGCAACAUACAGUCAUACACAAUACAAAUUCAUUUUGAGUAA